AUGGCAAUGCACUUCGCUGCAAACCAGAGGAAAAUUACAAUUUGGAGGAAUUACGUGAUCAACAACACAAACGUUAUUCAAAGAAGGCCUAUGAAAAGGAAAAUCGUGAAGCGAUGUCCCACACCUUACAGAAGCAAGUACAUAGAUGGGAAUAGAAAGGGGAAGUUUCUGGAAGUAUUCCAGGUGGUUGAGUUUGACCAUGUGCCGUGCACGUCGAGUAGUGGUCUAGAGGGGGUGUGUCUUCAUGAGUACGAGUGUUUAACAUCUGGUGGGCAGACUAUGGGAGAGUGCGCCGAUGGUUACGGAUCCUGUUGUGUCACUCAAUUCUCGUGCGGUGAUCAAACGCAAGCUCACAAGGGGUGGUUCACGAACCCUGGGUAUCCGCUACCGAGCACUGAGCGGCUGUCGUGUGCAAUCACCGUCAGUAAGGCAUCGCCAGAUAUUACACAAAUCCGGCUGGAUUUCAAGGAUUUUGAGUUGCUCCAACCCACUGACGGGUCGUGCGAACUGGAUCAGUUUGUGGUUUCAGGACAAAAUAUUAACAAUUUUGUUCCGAUACUUUGCGGUGUUAACAAUGGAUAUCAUAUAUAUUUGGAAGUGGGAGAGGCGGACGGCCCCGUAUUUUUGUCAGUGCAGACUGUUACAGCCGAUUCAAGACUAUUCGCGAUCAAGGUAUGUUCUCCAAUAAGCCUAUUCUCAUUUAUAACAUUUCUAUCUACCUAUCUCCAGAUAACCCAACUGACGUCAGCGGACGAACAUGCCGCGCCGACCGGCUGCCUGCAGUACUACAGAGGAGCUCACGGGUUCCUCGAGUCUUUCAACUACAACGACAAGUCUUCCAUUGUACUGCCCAAGAUACCGAGUUAUUUGAACAAUUUAAACUACGCUAUGUGCAUAGAGCGAGCGCCUGAAGCUUGCAGCGUCACUUACACAAACACGGGCAAUAUGGAUAUUGUUAACUUUGAUGCAGACGACCGGCCUCUAACGCCUCCAGACCAGGCGGGGGUGGAGAUAUUCAACUGCCCGAGCGACUGGCUUCUCAUAUCAGCAGCUCGGCUUUGCGGCGACAGACUCAACGACGGUUCAGUCUUCCAAGACUUCUCUUUGGAUGCGCCUGUCACUGACAUAGCAGCCGGGCCUAUAGUGGUGUGGUUUAGAUCGGACGGCGCGCGGGUAGGACGCGGCUUCAGGUUGGAAUACCAACAAAACCCAUGCACAAAUACAGCAAGAAAAUGAUUUAUUGUGUACUUCAUUU